UUCUUCUCUCUGAGAACAUUGCGGAUACCAGCAGAUUGUGUUUCAUAAAAUUUCUUCCUUAUAUUUCAAAUAUAAUAACUAUUGUAAGAAGAAUAUCGUUAUUUUACUUCGAUGAUCUGAAGUUAAAAGGGUACGGAUAGUUACAUUCAGGUAUUAGGCAAAAAGUGCUAAUUGAUUUGUCAACAGGCGAGGGCAAUCCGUUUGUUUCCUUUGUUUAUUAACAGAGAACUGGCAAUUUGCAGUUCUCUGUCAUUUCUCAUCCAAACGAUAUUUCACCGGCGUGCUGCACGUCGGUGUCGCGUAAGAACUGUCAUUCUCCCGCGGAAAAUCGUACUGCGGCACCGAUUUCGAGGAUCGUGGCCCUCGCGAUAACGGGUCAACCUCUUAUAUAUACCGAGCGGCGCUAAAUUGAAAUCCCGAGGAAAGAGAGCGGUACACGACGGAGAUUCGGUAUAGGAGACGACGGUGUAUACGCGCCUGGUACGAUUCUGGCACAGGUGGAAGGGUGGGGUUAAGCGGAGAGGAGCAACGCGUCCACUGAAAAAUUAUAAUAAUCACUUUAGAAAUUAAUGGUACCUCCGCGAAGGUACGGGAGAUCCGUGCCGGGAGUGACGAGGUGGCUUGCCGAUGGUGGGGGGCAAGAGAGUAGCGUGCAAAUGGCGACUCUACUCCCGCCGGACCAAUCGCUGCACGCGCUAGGGAAUCGAGUAAACUCUUGGCCACGCCCACCCGUGACGUCACCUGUGUCCUGCGCGUAGAGCCACAUCGGAACCACACUCGUCGGACCAGUCACCACUCGGACGACGUAUCCACCGUUAUCGCGCGUCUUCUUUUUCUCUUUUCUGCCAGAUCAUAGUCCGCGAGCCACGCACACGCGACAAAAAAGCCACGAUACAACGGCAAACGAUAGUUUCCUCUAUCAAGUUCUCCGCGUGGAUCUGUGAAUCGUUGCUCGUCGGACGAAAAUCGGAAAGGUAUCUGAGGUACCGCGAAUUAUCGAAGGUGGUGAGUUGGUUCGGCGAGCAAAGCCAUUUUUUGGCGGGAACGUCUUCUGGUGGGGUAGAGGGGGGAGGGGAGAAAGUGUGUGGGCCGAUGACGGUGUUGUCAGUGGAUUAACAUUGCGCGAGAGACACGAAAUACAUACGUGGGAACGAGGCAGUGAAUUUCUUCCGAAUCGAAAUGAUAAAUUGACACAGUGGUGUAAUGGUGCGGUGUAACGUCUGUAGAGUUCACGAAGAGUGACUAACCUCAAAACGAGACACGCAGUGUCCUCAUUGACUGGAAGUAUUCGAUUCUCAGUAUUUUACCAACCACGUAAAGAUACUAUUCGUAAAUUUUCUACUUUACGUCCGACUGUCUAGCUUCGUAAAGUAUCAUUGAACGACGCGUCGUCGAGCAAGACUCUCAAUGGAGUUGUUUUAAUCGCCGAGAAGGAUCGUGUCGUAUUCGAAAGAAUAAUAAGAAUAACUGAACUAAGUAAGAAUGGCAAGUGGACGUUAGGGUGAAAAAAUCGAGGAUUUUGUUUCACGUGGGGGUGUUGUUGCUCCCUGAUCAAGGGGGGUGGGGGUAGCGUUUUCAAAUUGUUGGGUAGAGUCGAUUGAAAAGGUGGUCACGACGCAACAAACGGUGACGAGUUGUCCAGGGGGUGACGGAGGUGGUGGCGGCGGAGGUGGCGGUGGCAGCGAGAAGACGGUCCCGUAUGCGGCUACAACGGGUCCGGUAGAGGAGGUGGAGGUAGAGGUCGACGAGGUUAAGAUGGAAGCCGAGGAGCAUCUCGCCAGAGAAUACGUACAGGAGUUUGUUCUCGAUCAUCUCGAUCCCGCCGUCAAACGAGAGGUAAGAAUUAGCUCACCGAUGAUGGUGAACGGCAGUGUGGUGCAGUUACCUGGUCAGGGUCUGCAAGCGCAAGGUCUGGCCCUGGCGCCUCUGACGCCGCCGGCGCACGAGCUUGAGCAACCCCAUCCGCUUUACGGACAGCCGCACAUUCAGGUGCAGCACGGCGUCCUGGUGAAGGCGCCGCCGGGUGCAGCGUCUCAUCUGACCACGCUUUCGCAUCCUGGAACACCGCCGGACACGCCUCCGGUCUCGGCAUCGCCGCCACCGUUGCAACUGCACCGGGGUGACCGCGAUUCCCGCGACAGAGGCCUGUUCCUGCAACUACAGCAGCCCAACUCCAUCGUGCAAGACGAUAUGCAAGCUGGUAGCGGUGGCAUGGGCUGGUUAACGCAAUCCUUGAGGCAGGAGCCGCUUGAUCUCAGGCCUCAUUGCCCUCAGGAGCAAACGCCGGAGCCUCAUCACGAGGCCUGGCCCUCUACACCGAUGCAUCAUCAUUUCCAAGACCUGCAACACCUGCAGCGUCAUACCAGACACACUGGUGGAUAUAUCACGGGCCACAUAGAAUACUAUGCGAGUGCGGGAGCAGGCGGCGGGAUGCUUCCCGCGGGCGGAAGUGGAAUGUCAGGGAUGGAAGACAGCAUGCAGAGCAUGCAGAUGCAAAGGCCGAUGAGCGUUUGUUCAGUGAGUUCUUGCGCUGCUGGUGGCUCGACUCCGCCGCACAAAGGCAACGUUCUUUACCCGAAUUGCGGGAGUAACAAUCCACAGGAAGAACUCAUGAACGACGAGCUGCUCAUGUCGCUUUCCGUACGCGAAUUGAACAAACGCCUCCAUGGUUGCCCGCGGGAAGAGGUGAGUCAGGUCGUGCGCCUGAAGCAGAAGCGGCGAACGUUGAAGAAUCGCGGCUACGCUCAGAACUGCCGUAGCAAACGGCUGCAGCAACGUCACGACCUCGAGACGACGAACAGAAACCUGCAGAAUGAACUUCAGCGAAUGAAGAUCGAGCUGGCUCGUAUCCAGCAGGAACGUGAUCUUUACAAGCAACGAUGGGACAUCCUGAGGACGCGGCAGAGCCAUAAUCAUAAUCACAGUCACAAUCACAACCAUCAUCAGCAACAGGCGUCGCAGCAGCAACAGCAGCCGCAAUCGCAGCCGCAACCGCCGCAGCACCAGUCGCAAAAUCAACAGCAGCAGCAGCAGCAACAGCAGCAGCAACAGCCACAGCAACAACAACAGCCGCCGCCGCCGCCGCCGCCGCAGCAGCAGCAGCAACAGCAGCAUCAACCAGCACCAGCGAGUCCAGAAGUUUAUCUGUGACAUCGACAGCGCCGAGGAGGCGCUUGCUGGACCUGAACAGAGACGUUCGUCGUGUGAUCGUCAGGUUUCUCGAUCGUGACAUACCUGUGCGCAUGGGGUUGGAAAAAUAAAAACGAAUCAAGACGAGCGACCGGGUAUAUCCUUCGAGAAGCAUUUCUCUCCCAUUUUUUUCUUUUUAAUCGAGACGCGACAAGCGUCUUUCGAGCGCAUCCUUAAGCUCGUCCACCUGUAUAUAGCGUUCAGUUCUCCUUUUUUUCCUUUUUUUUUUUUUUUGUUCCCUUACGUUGUGUACAGCUUUGUUGAACCACGGCAGAAAAGGAGAAUCUUGACUGGUCGAAACCAACUCUGUAAAUCGUGUAUGGAGUUACCAACGCAACUAAGGUGUCAUUAGAUUAAAGGUAAUUAGUUUUAUUCUCAUAGGUAUAUAUGAAUAUAUUGCUCGUGGCUGGACGUGUCCUUUGCCAAAUGUUGUACCGAAGAAGAAAAAAAAAAAAAAAAAAAAAAAAAAAA